AUGGACUUGAAAAUCUCCCGUCCAAGGAAGAGACAUCCAGGAACUGAAACACAGCGUAUCAAAUGGUGGAAUCUGAAGGAUCGAAAGGAGAUAUUUUUUGCGUCGGUGGCUCCAUCUGCACUUCUCCACCCUACUCGUAGUGUGGAGGAAAUGUGGUCGUCUAUUUCUAGCGUUAUACGCUUGACGGAGAACACUCUGGGAAAGACGACUCUAGGUAAGCCCAAAGUACAAAAGGCUACGUGGUUUUGUAACGAGGAAGUUCAGGCGGCAAUUCGUGAGAAGAAGUCCAAGUAUAAGCUCUGGUGGAGUACACGUCAGCCUGAAGAUCGGGAUGCUCACCUAGCGGCGAAGAGGGAGGCUAAGAGGGCAGUCUCCAAGGCGAAGUCGGACCGCUGCAAGGCUGUGUACGACACGCUUGAUACUAGAGAAGGCGAACGGGCAGUGUAUCGUUUAGUCAGAGGGCGACAUCGCUCAACGUUGGAUAUGGAACACACCAAGAUCGUUAAGGGAGCUGAUGGAGCCGUUCUGCGCCGCCCUGGUCAGAUCCUGGAGAGGUGGUGA